AUGCCAAUGGAAUUUUCCCUCCCCAGGAUGGAAAGUAAGAACCUCCUCCUAAGCCUGCUGCUGUGCUGCAGCCUGCUCCGAGCUGCCCACUCGCACAUGGUGAUCGAGGAGAAGACAGAGUGCAACCCUGCAAAGGGCAGCAGAGUGAAUCUCUCAGACCUCCCACCCAUCUCCAUCGUAGAUUUAACUAAAAGAUCCCAGAAGGUCAGCAGGAAAGAGGCAGAGAACAGGAAGUCUUCCAAGAGAAAUGCUCAGCUGAGGACACCUCCAAAGCCAAGGCCCACCCCAGCUGCUGACUGUGUGCCAAACUUCAAAACCUGCAAACCACACUUGAAUUCCUGCUGUAACUACUGUGCUCUGUGCAAGUGCCGCAUUUUCCAGACCAUCUGUCAGUGCCUGAUGUUAAACCCGAAGUGCUAA